AUGGCUACGACGCCUUCGGGUACUCCUAUAAAGACGGUAACCGUCAAUGCCCAGUGGUUUGCCAUCGCCCACACCGUGUGCGCUUACCUCGCGUUCGGGGUUGCCCUUGUUGUCGGCUGGUACCUCCAUUACGAAAAGAUCGUGAAAAACUCCUCAUUUGGGUAUCCUGACGAGUGGUUCCCGCUGGUGAGUGCCACCAUCGGUGAUCGCUACCCGGAGCGGCUGCUUUUCCAGAUUCUCAUUGCCCUUUGCGCCGGGCCCCGCUUCCUUUUGCUCAUUUUCAACUAUAUCGUUCAGUCCCCUCUCCACCCCAAAUUGGCGUUGACGUCGUUCAUCAGUGGCUUUUUGCGCACGUGGACAUGCGGGGGGUGGGUCUACAUUACGAGUACCGACGACCACGACGCUCACGACGUGUUUAUGAUUCUGUACAUCGUCCUCACCCUUCCGUGGGAGAUCUGCACCAUUUUGGCGUCGCCUAAAGGCCUGAGUCAACGCCAAGGUCGCUUGUGGACGUGUCUCACCUUCUUCGGCACCCUUGGCCCGUUGAUUUACUACUUCAUCCAGCAUAAAGUCCAUGUCGUCCCCGGGGCGUACUCGAUCUACGCCUACUUUGAGUGGGCAUUGAUCAUCUUGGACGUGGCGUUUGACGCGUGGCUGGUCAUCGACUUCAAAGGGGUUGAUGUCACUAUUCUGAGUGCCGGUAUCACCGUGGCCCCCGCCGCUGGUGCUGCCGUUAAAGUGGACUCGGUGAAGUCGGUGGCUCCCCCCGUGGAGUCAUACGUUGUUCCCGACGAAGCGCUGACGGUGACCUUCAUUGCUCUGUGCAUCAACCACUUCAUCCAGUGGCUGGCGAUCCUGUCGUUGUUCCUCACCCUCUGGCACUUCCCGUUGUGGAGCAUGGGCAUUUCCGGGUACGAGGCGUGUAUUGUGGUUUUGUUUGUGGCGCCGUUGUUGGUGAUCCCCAAGUCGGUGCGGCGGGUGCUUGGCUACGCCCCAUGGCUUACAAGAGCUGCCACCGUGAUUACGGCGGUGGGGGCGUAUAAGGUGCCUGACCCGCGGGACAAGUUCCUCACCGUGGUUGCGGGAUGUGGCUUUGCCGUGAUUUCGCAAGUGGUGGAAGCACUGGGUUUACUGACGCAACCGAAAAAGUAUACCUCGUGGUUCGUGCUGGUGGUGGUGGGUUUACUCGCGCUGCUGGUGGCUAAGUUUUACUGGUACUCCAACAAUCCCAUCUGGCCGGUGAUGCAUGACGACAACGGCGGGCUUAAUGCUUUGGGGUUGUUCGUCGGGCUCACGGGGGCGUUCUUGACCCCGUCAGUGGUGCUGCUGUCUCAGGACACCGUGGUGCGCAAGGGUGGCUCCAUCAUCUUGGCUCUGAUUGGUCUCGGCGGGUGGCUCUACUGCCUCUGUGAGUACAUGACCGAUCUGGCGACAUUGGUGCAAUGGGUGUGGACGGGGUACCCGCUCCGGGGCCCGACUCCCGUGUCGGGGGCGUUGAUCCACUUUGGUGCGUUCAUUUUGGGUAUCGUCGCUACCAUUAAGGUGAGCCCGACUUUAAUCAGUCAGUUGGGAUACCUGAUCGUAGUGGGUGGUCUUGCCGCGGUGGCGAUGGCUACAAUCCCCGGCUGGGCUGGUUACGUUGGGGCGCUGGCCUUUGUGUUUUACCUCGCCAGUGUCACCACGGUGAUCGCCCAGCUGGCGGUAGGGUUUUCCCCCGUGGUCACCUACGUGCUUGGUUACUUGUGGUUUAUUGUCCUCAAUGUGGCGCACGUGUGGACGGUGGCGUAUGCGUUUGUCCCCGGUGGGUGGUUGUUGCGUGAGCGUGCUCACAUCAUUCACGGCGCCGCCUUUGUGUCGGUGGUGUUGGGGGUGGUGAACUACCGCUUGAGAAGCCGUGCUUCCCACAUCGCUCGCCUCAACUUGGGCACGGCGCGGUUGUUCAAGCAAGCAAUGACGGUGCUUACGGUGUUGCUCGCGGCGCUGGUGGCGGUGUUCAUCCGCCGUACGCCUCUGUCACCGUAUUCGCCUCAUCGUGACGACAACUUUAACGCUGGCAUUUGGUGCGUCCAUUUCGGGCUCGACAACGACAUGUGGCUGAGUGAGGUGCGGAUGAGAGAUCUUAUUCGUGACGCCGAACUCGAUAUCGUCGGUUUAUUGGAGACUGACACCCAACGGAACAUCGGCGGCCACCGCGAUUUCACCCAGAGAAUUGCCGAGGACUUGGGGAUGUACGUUGACUACGGUCCCGGGCCCAACAAGCACACUUGGGGGUGUGCGCUUUUGUCCAAGUUCCCUAUCUUGCGACUGGAACACCACUUGUUGCCGCUGCCCGUGGGUGAGUUGGCUCCGGCCAUCCACGCUACCUUAGACAUCUACGGCACCGAGGUCGACGUCGUAGUGUUCCACCUGGGCCAGGAAGAAGACGAGGAAGAUCGCCGCCUUCAGCUGCGGUACUUGGCCAAGGUGAUGGGCGGGUCACACCGCCCUAUGAUCUUGUUGCUGUACCUUGUCACUGAACCUCUCAAUGGCAACUACUUCACCUACGCUGGCGAGGAACUGAGAAUGCAUGACAUCGACCUGACCGAUUGGGACAGAUGGUGUGAAUACAUUAUGUUCCGCGGGGUGCAAAAGGUCGCCUACGCCCGGAUUUCGCGGUCGACCAUUACCGACACCGAGUUGCAAGUGGCUAAAUUCAAGUUGUUGCCCGCUGAAGAAGCGCAAGAGCUUGACGAAGACUUCUACUACGGCAACCACUUUGUCCCCGAGAAUAAAGUGCCGCCCCACAUGCGAAUGCCGCAAAUCUUCCAUGGCGAUGGUGUUCGUGGUCAUCGUUACCAUGUGUUUGACGAGCCGAGAUAUUUUGCUCAAGAUCGCGAUCAACUUAACGAAGCCACCAUCACCGAGGUAGAGUGGUCUGAUGUCGAGGAAACCGAAGCAUAG